UCUGCGGAAAAUAUCUGCCAAACUGCGGGCUGUGUCUGCUUUUUAACAUGAGAUUAGGGUUAAAGACGGGGUUUGGCUUAUUUUAGUAUUUAAGCUGCGACUGAACGCUUUAAACGGGGAGUUUUAGACUUUAUAGACUGUUAGGUUAGUUAAAGUUCAGAACCGAGUCUCCCGUCACUCAGACUCUUUUCUUUGUAUUACUUUUAGAUUAAAAAGUUGUUUUAUCAGUUUCUACAGCAGACAGUGAACGGAAUGCAUUUGCAAAUUAAAAUCAAAAUUUGUUUUAAUAGUUUAGGUUAAUUUUUGUAAAUUAAGCUGCGUUGUUUGUUGUAUUAUUUUGUAAGGAGCAGAGUGAGGUGAGUCGUGCUAAGGUCCGGUGAAGCAGGCUGAGGUGGAUCCGGUCCGGGUCUCUGGGUACCGGGAAAGUCCCCAGGUCCAUGACGUAAGGGCCGGCUGAACUCCGCAAAGUGCGCAUUGAUCCGCUGCGCUGUGAUCAGGUCCGGGCAUUAGGAGUUGCAGAAGUAGCGGAUUUAAAAACUUUCCGUCUGCUAGUCUCUUCGUCGAAAUAGCACUUCAUGAAGAGUCCCUGUCUUCCUAAAGGGAAAUAUGGCUUUUUAAAACUGUGACCGUCUCCUUCUCCGCCGUAAAGCUCCGUGUGCUUUGCUCCUGCAACGCACUUUACAAGACUAUUCAGAAACUAUGGGGUCUUCAGGUGUUUUCACAACUCUUUCAUCCACCCAGUGCACGAUUUGUGCUUUUGAACAAUUUGAUCGAAGCAGACGAUACAAUGGCGGCAUCGAUCCUUCGCAGGAAAAUUCCUCCCAUUUCCACAGACGAGCUCGACGUUCCCCUUCUCCGACAGGCUAGCCACAGCCAAUCACGGCCAAGGACGGGGGCGGAGCCAGUGGAGAGGCAGCACUUAAUUGGUGAUGGUCACUCAGAUUGGAUGACGGAAAAAGUUGAUUUGUCUUCAUUUGUGUCGACGACCGAGUCUUCUCCAAGCUCAUCCCUUCCACCCUCACCGUUAGAACAAGAUGUCAAGGUGCCCUCGGAUCUGGAGGUCAUGACCUCUUUACUGCAGGAAGAGCUGGCUCAGCUGGAGGACUACUUCCGCUCCGAGUCCACAUCCACAACAAACAAGUUGGAGAAAUCCUCAAAAUGUGACAAGAGUGCUCAAGCCAUGGGCUCCCAGUCUUAUUAUCAGUUACCCUAUGGCUCGUAUGGGACCAGCCAAUCAGAAACCAGCCCUGUGGUUGUUACCUUGGCAACAGGGGAGCUGGACCUGGCCAGCUUCUGUGGUGGUCCCAUCGGCAGAACCAAAAUUGCGCGACCCGCCCCAUACAACUAUCAUCACCGCUACCACCACAACAAUGGGCGAAGAAUAAUCAGUGAAGCUGUGAAAGUCGGGGACGAAGUUGGACUUGAUACGUGGGGUUCGAGGGGAAGUUACUCAGGAAGCACAGAGUUGUCUGUGAACCACUACUCCACACUGAAGACAGUGAGCAAGAAUAGCCUUGGUAGCGUGAAGAAGGUGAGAGAAUGUGCUUUAUCAUUGAAGGAAGAGGAGAGUUACUGUUUCUCAGAAGGAAUGUUUUGCAGUGAAGAGAUUGCGCGAGGGUUUUGUCUCGGUGGUUCGUAUGAAAGCCACCACAAGCGAGAGGGACAGUUGAUGCACAAUGUGAAGGUUAACGUAAGUUAUGACAGCACGGGGCUUGAGGUCUUGCACUGCAGCAAAGAUGGAGGACUUUCUGGAAGUAUUCCCCAAGAGACAAUGGUGCCUGGUGAUGGCUACUUCCACCAGUCCAUGGCCAGCACAGAGCCUUACCAUAGCUUUAUAGGUGAUCUAGAUCAGCCCUCACAAGCACAGGCUGUAGAGCCCCAACAUGGCCACUACCUCUAUCCAGAAUGCCUUGCAGACCAAAGCUAUGAAUGUCUGUCCAGAGGGGAGAGUGAGGGGCCACUGUUGGGUGCCCCAAUCCACCGCCCCACCCAGAGGCUAAAGGAUGAGCCCUGCUCCAUGAAACCAUCUUUGGUGGUGGGAGCUGCUUCUCUAGAUUCCAGCAGUGGAGAGAGGAAGCAGAAGAAGAGAGACCAGAACAAAACUGCUGCUCACAGGUACAGGCUGCGUAAGAGGGCGGAGCUGGACUCUCUGGAGGAGGAGCUCCACGGCCUUGAGGGGCAGAACCGGGAGCUUCGUGACAAGGCAGAGUCGGUGGAGCGAGAAAUCCAGUACGUCAAAGAUUUACUCAUCGAGGUCUACAAGGCUCGCAGUCAGCGGCUCAAACAGGAUGGCAGUGCCUAAAAUGCCCACGCUGACCUCACCUCGAAACCUCCCAACCAGCACCAAGAAAGAAAGAAAGAGAACAAAAGAACGAAAGAAAAAAAUCAACUGCACCAACUGGUCUUUGUUUCACACAAAUGAAAUGGUAGUUGCAUGAUUUUGGUAGUUCUUUUCUAAAAAAUAAAAAAUAAAAAUUGUUUCAAGAGGAUGGCCCGAACACAAACACACCUUUCUUAAUAAAAAAGGGAAAAGGAGAAGUUUCUAAAUGGGUGAUGAACUAUAUAACAAGCCUUAGCGAGGUGGCUUCAAGAGGAGAUGCUGAACUUGUCCGUGACCACUGUGAUCUGAACUGCACUCACAGCCUUGUGAUGACUGAGUCUGCGCUUGCAAUGAUUGAUCGUUUACAAAAUGCUCUUUGAAUUAGUAGUAGUGAUUGAAUUUGCUUGUGGUUUCUGUGACACACAUUGGCAGCAUCGAGGCAGAUCCAUAUUAAAUAUAUAUUUUAUUUUCUAUUUUAUUUUUACCUAAUAAUGUUCAUUUAUCAUUUGCUUUAAACAAUCAAGUGAAUAAAGGGAUUGCUGGAAAAGUGUGCAACAUGCUCUACAAAUAUUCCUUAUCAGAGACAUUUAGAAAUUUGUAUUGGUAAAAUGUUGAGUAUUUACACUUCUUUACCCCACUGAAAUACCCAAUGCAUGUUUGAUUUUGGAAAAGCAUGUGCGAGUGUUAUUUGAAGGCAAUAUUCUGUUAACUGCAUGGCUUCAAGAUCUCCACCGCGUCAGUCCAACUGAGUUGACUUUUUCCUUCUCAUCAGCUGAUGACUUUUUCUCUGAGACCCUUCCCAUCCUCUACCCCCUUCCCCGCCAGUGUGAUUCAUGCUCAGGUUUUGUUUUGGUCUUCUGCUCUGAGACACAUUCACUGGCUUUUUUCUUUUCUCUCUCGGCUGUAUUUGCGAAUAAACAAUCACCUGUUGACACAACAAUAAAUUGUUGUUGGGUAACGGUACGACUUCAUGGGAAUUUUGUUUUCAAUUGAUCAAUUUGAUGUAUCUGAAAUUCAGGUCCUUUUAAUAAUUGAUGUCAAUGUCAGGAAAUUAUACAUCAGGUAAAUUACAGCCAAAUAAACCAGUUAUGUAGUAUCAUCCA